UUUCGCUUUUGGGAUCUUCCGCUGCUGCUGGCCCCGUUCCUCGCUCCUCCUGCGGCGCCACGUGGCUGCUGCGGGCGCCUGGCUCGGGUGCGGGGGCCUUGACUUGCUCGUUUGGGGGCUGCCGACUGCCCCCCCCGUCCCCUCCUGCGCUCACCACCAGCCCGUGUCUGCCGCUGGCUCCCUGCAGAAGCAGAGAGAACAGAAGCCCAGAGAUCACAGCAGCCAUGGCCUCAGGGACUCCUGUACGGGAAAUCCAAGAGGAAACCAACUGUCCCAUCUGCCUGGAAUAUCUGACGGACCCAGUCACCAUACAGUGCGGGCACAACUUCUGCCGAGGCUGCAUCUCUCAGUACUGUGAGACAUGGGAAGAGCAGGACUCUGACCCCUUGUGCUGCCCCAGCUGCAGAGCCCGAAUCCGGAAAGGGGCUUUCUAGAGUAAUUAUCAGCUAGCAAAUAUAGUGGAAAAAAUCAAACAAAUGGAUUUCAAACAAGGAAAAGAGAAUCUGUGUGAGAGACACGGCAAAGCCUUGGAUCUGUUCUGUGAAGAGGACGGGGAAGCCGUGUGCGUGGUUUGCGAGAGAUCCCUGGAGCACAGAUCUCACACGGUGCUUCUCAUGGAUGAUGCUGCCCAGAAAUACAAGGAAAGAAUCCAGGCCCAUUUGAAAACUCUGAGGGAAGAGAGAGAAAAGCUGCUGGGAUUGAAAGCGACUGGAGAGGGGAAUUGCCGGGAGUAUCUGAAACAAACACAGACCGAGAGGCAGAAGAUUGUGUCUGAAUUUCAGCAACUGCAGCAGUUCCUGGAGGAACAAGAGCGACUCCUGCUGGCCCAGCUGGAGAAGCUGGACAAGGAGAUUGUGAGGAUCCAGAAUGAAAAUGUCAGUAAACGCUCCGAGCAGAUUUCCUGUCUCAGUGAGCUGAUCAGUGAGGUGGAGGGGAAGUGUCAGAAGCCAGCGAGUGAAUUCCUACAGGACGUCAGAACCACCAUGAGCAGGUAUGUGUCUCCCUCGUACUCCACAAUGCUGGGAAAGAGCUUGAUGAUGAGGAGCAUGGAGGCCUAG